GUAUAAAGUCUCUACCCUUAGCUUACUGGGCAGAAAGGUGUGGAUACUGUGUGUAGCAACAACAACCACAGUUUUUAUGAAACUUAAGUUUAGAUUAAUAUCUUCAAUUUGGAACCUGAGUGAUGUUUUCUUUAACAAAAGAUUCUUCUACAGUGUGAUGUGUGUAGAGCUGUGUGUAAAGCCCCCUGAGGUCCAGUAUGGCUGUCAGUAUCCCAGGGGUAAUAGCGAUGGUGUUUUUCUACCUGCUGAUCCUUGGAGUCGGCAUCUGGGCUUCUUUCAAGUCCAAGAAGGAAAGGAACAAAUCUCCGGGGGACAGUAUGGAGAUGGCCCUGCUGGGAAACCGAAGCAUCAAUAAAGUUGUGGGGAUCUUCACCACGGCAGCUACGUGGAUUGGAGGAGGCUUCAUUGUUGGAUUGGCAGAAAUGGUGUACAACCCCUCCAUGGGCCUAAUCUGGGCUUCCAGCUACAUUAUAGGAGAAGUAAUGUCUUUGAUUAUUGGUGGUCUUUUCUUUGCUGGGCCGAUGAGAGAAACAAAAUACGUGACCAUGAUGGAUCCUUUCCAGAUCAAGUAUGGAAAAGUACCAAUGGCUGUUUUUUCUCUGGCCACACUGGUGACUAACAUUUUGUGGGUGACUUCAACACUGAUUGGUUUAGGUGCAACCAUGACUGUGAUUCUGGAUUUACCAUUCGCCAUAUGCAUCUGGAUCUCUGCUGCUGUGGCUAUUAUCUACACACUAAUGGGCGGUCUCUACUCUGUGGCCUACACAGAUGUCGUACAGCUUGCCAUCAUGUUUAUCAGCUUGUGGUUUUGUGUCCCCUUUGUCCUGAUGAGCCCGUUCUCCUUGGACAUCACUCAGACAGCCCUGAACAACACUUUACAGGCUCCCUGGAUGGGUACACUAGAAUGGGACAAAGCGUGGAGAUGGGUUGACACUGUGUUUCUUUUGACUCUGGGUUGCCUGGGCUAUCAGGAGUUCCAUCAGAGGACUUUGUCUGCCUGUUCCUCAGCCGCAGCUAAGAUCAACUGUUUUGUUGCUGCUGCAAUUAUUCUUAUUUUUGCAAUUCCUCCUGUCCUGAUUGGAGCAGUGGCUGCAUCAACAGACUGGAACCUUACUUCUUAUGGUUCUCCAUCUCCAUUUGAACGUGGGGAGGCAACAUUUGUAAUGCCCAUUACCUUGCACCACCUCACUCCAACCUAUGUCUCCAUCAUCGGUAUCGGAUGUAUCGCUGCUGCCGUGAUGUCAUCGACUGAUUCUGCCUUGCUGGCUGCAGCUUCCAUCUUCACCUCCAACAUCUAUAAGAGCAUCCUGCGGACCCAGGCAUCAGAGAGAGAGAUCCAGUGGGUGAUUCGUGGCUGUGUGGUGGUAGCAGGCUUGGUCAGCACAUCACUCACCAAUGUCCAAACCAGCAUUCCAGUGUUAUGGUUUCUUAGCACACUGAUAACCUACGUUGUUAUUUUCCCUCAACUGGUCUGUGUUCUCUUCUUCAACAUCUCCAACGGCUAUGGGGCUGUUACGGGCUGGCUGGUGGGGUUGCUGUUUAGACUGUUGUGUGGAGAGCCGUUGAUUGGUCUACCGCCCAUCCUCCAUUUGCCAGGAUGCACCCUUGAAGAUGGUGUUUAUGUCCAACACUCUCCAGUGAAUACCAUCUCCAUGUUGGUCGUCUUCAGUGCCACCCUCUUGUUCUCCUACCUGUUUUCUCUGCUGAUCCACAAAAACCUGCUUCCUGAGAAGUGGGAUGCGUUGAACAUGAAAGCCCAACAGUUGCCAAAACGACAAACACCAACACACAGUGACAAAAGCAACCAUGAAGACAUGUGUGACAAUGAAAUUUCAGAGCCUAUGAUGAGCACAGUGUGUUAAAUUAUGAAAUAUCUGCCCUUAGGUUACUGGGCAGAGUGGUGCACAUACUAUGUGUGUGUGUGUUUGUGUGUGUGUGUUUCACCGUAACCCAAACUACAAUUACAUGAAGAGGAGACACCACAUUUCCAAAAUAUCUAUCUAUUCUCUUCUUUUUAUAAUUAUGAUGGAUAGAGAGCUGUCUCAUGCCACUAUUAAAGUGUAUGUAGCAUCCAUUUCUUCCGGCCAUGAGGGUUUUGGCGAGAGACCAGUUCAUGGCCAUAACUUUUACUAAGAUAUUCUCCGAGAUAUCAUUUCUUACUGCAAAUACAAUAUAAUGUGAAUUCACCUGUUGUGUCAAAGAUCCCCACAACUCUACUGAUGCUUUGGUUUCCCAGCAGGGCCAUCUCCAUACUGUUACCCGGAGAUUUGUUCCUUUCCUUUUUGGACUUGAAAGAAACCCAGAUACUGACUACAAAGAUCAGCAGGUAGAAAAACACCAUCGCUAUUACUCCCGGGAUGCUGACAGCCAUACUGAAGCUGAUGGUAGCUUGACAGUGUAAAUUGGUUGGUUUACAGAGUAAAAUAACAAUACCAAUACCAUUUUAGCAAGAAAUUCAAAGAUUAACUAUUUUUAAAUCCAUCUACUUAUCGGAAACUGUCAAGAAAGUGACCUUAUACACAAUCGGUAUGAGUUAUGUAUAUAUUUAUGUAAGAUCAUCUGGUAAAUAUAACUGAGUUGCUGUGGUGUAACCAGAAAUUUUGGAUGAAUAGACAAUAUGUUAUAAACACAUGGAAAAGUAAGACUGUGUAUUUCUGGUGACAAAAAUGACCAAGAGGUCAGUAAUUAUACAAUGGAAAAGUACUGAGGAGCAAAAGAUGAUAACAAUGCAGGGUGAGAAAACAUUGUUCUACCAAACCUUUGAGCUUUAUGAACCUGUAUUACUUUCUAUUCAUGUCACUUAAAAUAUUCAGAUGAAAUAUUCAAUGAAUCAUUUGUCAAUGGCGACUUCUCGUGACUAAAAAUGCUGUGCAGAAUGGUCCAGCGUAGCCUACA